CGCGGCGUUGCUAGUCGUCGUCAGUUGCCGCCGCCUCGGACGGAGCAAGGCGCUCCUUCUCCUCCUCCUCCUCUUCAUCAGAGGAACCACCCCGAACCGCCGGACCGCCCUCCCGCUUAUCCCGCCCCGCUUACCCGGGGAGAGCAGACUAUGGUGGAUUACCACGCAGCCGGACAACCCGCUUACCAGUACAGCGGCAACGGGCCGGGCAUCGGGGACUACAUGGCUCAAGAGGACGACUGGGACCGGGACCUCCUGCUCGACCCGGCCUGGGAGAAGCAGCAGCGGAAGACCUUCACAGCAUGGUGCAAUUCCCACCUGCGGAAAGCUGGCACGCAGAUUGAGAAUAUUGAUGAAGAUUUCCGUGAUGGCCUCAAGCUCAUGUUACUCCUGGAGGUGAUUUCAGGAGAACGGUUACCAAAACCGGAAAGAGGAAAGAUGAGGGUGCAUAAGAUCAACAAUGUAAACAAAGCUCUCGAUUUCAUUGCAAGCAAAGGAGUCAAGCUGGUUUCCAUAGGAGCUGAAGAAAUUGUUGAUGGCAAUGCAAAGAUGACCCUAGGUAUGAUUUGGACGAUCAUCCUCAGAUUUGCCAUUCAGGACAUCUCCGUGGAAGAAACUUCAGCCAAGGAGGGCCUGUUGCUCUGGUGCCAGAGAAAGACUGCUCCCUACAAGAACGUGAACGUGCAGAACUUCCACAUAAGCUGGAAGGAUGGCCUUGCUUUUAAUGCCUUGAUCCACAGACACAGACCAGAACUCAUUGAAUAUGACAAGCUCAGAAAGGAUGAUCCGGUCACAAAUCUGAACAAUGCCUUUGAGGUCGCUGAGAAAUACCUCGAUAUUCCCAAGAUGUUGGAUGCAGAAGAUAUUGUCAACACAGCUCGUCCUGAUGAGAAGGCUAUUAUGACUUAUGUCUCCAGCUUCUAUCAUGCCUUCUCUGGCGCACAGAAGGCUGAAACAGCCGCAAACAGGAUUUGCAAAGUGUUGGCAGUGAACCAGGAGAAUGAGCACCUGAUGGAAGACUACGAGAAGCUGGCUUCCGAUCUCCUAGAAUGGAUUCAGCGCACCAUCCCCUGGCUGGAGAACCGUGUUCCUCAGAAGACCAUGCAAGAGAUGCAGCAGAAACUGGAGGAUUUCCGUGACUACCGAAGGGUCCACAAGCCCCCCAAGGUGCAGGAGAAGUGCCAGCUGGAGAUCAACUUCAACACCCUGCAGACCAAGCUACGGCUGAGCAACCGGCCAGCCUUCAUGCCUUCCGAGGGGAAAAUGGUUUCGGACAUCAACAACGGUUGGCAGCACUUGGAGCAGUCAGAGAAAGGUCAUGAAGAGUGGCUGCUGAAUGAGAUCCGGCGGCUGGAGCGGCUGGACCACUUGGCUGAGAAGUUCAGGCAGAAGGCAUCCAUCCAUGAGUCCUGGACUGAAGGCAAAGAGGCCAUGCUCAAGCAGAAGGACUAUGAGACGGCCACCCUGUCAGACAUCAAGGCCCUGAUCCGGAAACACGAGGCUUUUGAGAGUGAUCUGGCAGCUCACCAGGACCGAGUGGAGCAAAUUGCAGCCAUUGCUCAGGAGCUCAACGAGCUGGACUACUAUGACUCCCCCAGUGUCAAUGCCCGGUGCCAGAAGAUCUGUGACCAGUGGGAUUCGCUAGGAUCCUUGACCCACACACGGAGGGAAGCACUGGAGAAAACAGAGAAGCAGCUGGAGACCAUUGACCAGCUCCACCUGGAAUAUGCUAAGAGAGCCGCACCCUUCAACAAUUGGAUGGAGAGUGCCAUGGAGGACCUUCAGGACAUGUUCAUUGUCCACACCAUCGAGGAGAUUGAGGGUCUGAUUGCAGCCCAUGACCAAUUCAAGUCCACUCUGCCUGAUGCAGACAAAGAACGGGAAGCCAUCCUAGGCAUCCAGAGUGAAGCACAGAAGAUCGCAGAAUACAAUAAUAUAAAACUCUCUGGAAACAACCCAUACACUACAGUCACUCCACAGAUCAUCAAUUCCAAGUGGGAAAGGGUCCAGCAGUUGGUGCCAAAGAGAGACCAUGCCCUGCAGGACGAGCAGAGCAAGCAGCAGUCCAAUGAACACUUGCGCCGACAGUUUGCCAGUCAGGCCAAUAUUGUGGGGCCCUGGAUCCAGACCAAAAUGGAGGAGAUUGGGCGCAUUUCCAUUGAGAUGAAUGGCACCUUGGAGGACCAGCUGAACCACCUGAAGCAGUACGAGCAGAGCAUUGUCGAUUACAAGCCCAACAUCGACCUCCUGGAGCAACAGCACCAGCUCAUCCAGGAAGCGCUCAUCUUUGACAACAAGCACACCAACUACACCAUGGAGCAUAUUCGUGUCGGAUGGGAACAGCUCCUGACCACCAUUGCCAGGACCAGCAAUGAGGUGGAGAACCAGAUCCUGACCCGAGAUGCAAAGGGAAUCAGCCAGGAGCAGAUGCAGGAGUUCCGGGCAUCCUUCAACCACUUUGAUAAGGACCAUGGCGGCUCCCUCGGACCAGAAGAAUUCAAAGCCUGCCUCAUCAGCUUGGGAUACGAUGUGGAAAAUGACAGACAGAAGCGCACAGGGAGCAUGGACACAGAUGACUACCGAGCCCUCCUUAUCUCCACAGGAUACAGUCUGGGAGAUGUAGAGUUCAACCGGAUCAUGAGCGUUGUGGAUCCCAAUAACAGUGGUGUUGUGACCUUCCAAGCCUUCAUUGACUUCAUGUCCCGGGAGACAACAGACACAGAUACAGCCGACCAAGUCAUUGCCUCCUUCAAAGUCUUAGCUGGUGACAAGAACUACAUCACAGCCGAGGAACUGCGACGAGAGCUUCCCCCAGAUCAGGCGGAGUACUGCAUUGCGCGCAUGGCACCUUACCAGGGACCCGAGGCUAUCCCUGGGGCUCUCGACUACAAGUCCUUCUCCACAGCGCUGUAUGGCGAGAGCGACCUGUGAGAUGGAGACAGUAGAGGGGAAGGAGGAGGAGGAGGAAGCCGCAGCAACAGCAAGCGCUGGCGCUUCUUGGGGGGAGGGGAGGGGGGAGCGACCGUUUGAUUUCCCUCCAUGCUGUAUAAUCACAGACACACACACACAGACACACACAGCGCAACGGGGACAUUGUCCUUUCUUUUCUCUAUCUCUCUUUGAGGACAGAAAGCUGCCUUCGCCACGCUGGGUGACCUGGGGAGCUGAACUAUGUAAACGUUCUUUUUUAAAUUGAGUAUCCUGCAAACACAGUUACCUAUGCAACGGUCCUAAUUCUUCCCUUUACCCCAAGACGUUGAGCUCAGGGGAGAGGCUGAAGGUCUCCUUCAUUUCCUGACCUUUUUGUUGCUUUGCAAGGAAGCGGUGGGAAGGAAGGGCAGAUCCAAGAGUUUUCAGCAGUGACAAGAGUCCAGAAAACGUACAGGCAGUCCUAAUUCAAUAUGGCUUAUUUUUGUUAAAUAUAGACCCCAUUCUAUUCCCUAUCCACCAUCAGUCUUACAAUUGGGAGACUUCUGCGAUGGCUAAUAUUUUCUCUGAAGCUACAUCCCAUUCUUUCCCAUGGUUGUCCUCUCUCUCUUUACUUUGUUUGUGCAUAGCUAAAACCAUACCCUGGGUCAGUGGUGCAAUCCAGAUCCGGAGGACUGCCAAGACCCACUUUCUGGAUACUUCAUUCCUUUCCAAACCUUCCUCUAGCUGUGCUAGGCAGUUUGCAAACAGCCUCUCCCUGUCUUUUCUACCACCUACCCACCACCCUGUGAUGCUCCCUCAGAUCCAGACCCCUGCUUUGCCCACCUAAUACCUUCCUGCCACCCUUAGCAAUGAAGACGGUGCACAUGGGACAGACACUUUGAGGCUUCUGAUCUGCACUGACCCCAAGUUCUCUCUUCCACCUUCAUACGGUGCUGUUCUUUGAUCUGGAAAGGGGUUCCAUUUGCCCCAUCAGUCCUAGGUGGUUCCUAUACUCAGCACCUCCCUUUUUAUAAAAUAUCAGCACACAUCUUUCACCAGGCGCCCUCUCAUUUUAACCUUUUUCAUUUGACCUUCACCCGAUUGGCAAAAGUUGGUGGUUUUCCAUUUCAGUGCAGCGGGCCCAUGGGGCACAGAGGAGAAGAGGAAGAGAUUUGGGGAGGAGGCCAUUGCUUUGUUGCUUUCCAACAGACAGAGACCAUGAGUGUGGAGGCUGCGCCUCUCUUUGUAAGUGUCACCCCCGGCUUUUUAUUCCCUCAUCCCUUAUAGGGGAGAUGAUCAUAGCAAAUGGAGAAAUGCCUGCCGAGACCCUCACACUCUCUUGCACACUGUGUCUGGGUUUGUAAAUCAAUUCCUCCCCUCUCCCAAGGACACUUGUUUUGUACAAAAUCGGGGGACACCCUUAUUUUAGCAAUACUGACACAAGCCAAGGGCGAAUCAACAGAACAGGUUGUGGGAUUCUUGUUUUCUUCCACAGGAAAGGAAGGGCUGGGAUCCAAGCAUUUGUCUUUAGAAAGCUGGACCACCUCUAAAGGAUGUGUCCAUUUCUCCCUUUGUUCCAAAACCAAGCUGGUUUUGGGAUGGAUAAAGUGGGGAGAGGGGUGUUGGAGGGGAGAGAGAAAUAAGAUUGGGGGUGUUGAUCUAUAGUGGAUCAUAACUAAAGAAUGGUGUCUGAGAUGGGGUCAAGGGGGUAGGACAACUCAAUCCACCCCAAAGAUCCCAUUUGUCAGCAUCCUUGGGCUGUGGUAGAAUCAAACCAGGAUGAAAUAGGACAGGUCACAGCGUCCGAAGCAAGCAAAACAGAUGAUAGCAUCGGAAGCAUGUCUUUUAGGGUGCCUCACAGUCUGCUCAGCUUCUCUCGCUGGGCAGAAGCAACUCACUCGUUCCAAGUCUUCCUCACUUUCUCUUCACUUUGAAACGACCCUUUCAAAUCCAUUGCUUCUCACGCUUAUAUAUAUAUAAAUAUAUUAUAUAUAUCUAUUUUUUUGUAAUUUCUUCAUCAUGGUGCAGGGUUUUCUGAGGACCAAAUUUAAAACGAAAGAGAACCAUGCAGAGAUCUUUUUUUAAAAAAAGAGAGAAAUUAAAAACACAGCAAAACUGUUGCAAUUUAAUAACGUCCAGAUUUAUUAUUAUUAUUAUUAUUAAAUACAGUAUAUAUAUAUUCAUCUAGCAUCGUAUAUUGCCGAUGGGUGGUGUGUUUGCUUGGUUUUUUGUUCAUUUGUUUUGGGGGAAUUUUUUGUCCCUCCUGUCUUUGUCCUUCCAUCAUGUACAUUAAUCUUAUGGCUGACUUUAGCACUGGAAACUCUUAACAUUCCCCACAACCUUUAUUAUUAUUUUUUUUAAUCAUCCAACUUUCAUUUUGGUUCCCUUUUUGUCGUCUCGGAAAGGUUUAGCUUAUUUUAUUGCGUUCGCUACUGACUACCUGUCUCAACGGGCAGAUAGUUCGGCCGAUAGGGAGUAGCCGGGUUCUGUCCACUUCUGUUCAUCAUCAUGUCUACUCUAAAACUUCCAAGCUCUCUGGAGAAACUUGCCCUCCUCCCUUCUUGGGAACAAGACAAUAAAGUGUAAUAUUUUUAA